UAUCGUAAUCCAGCUUUAAAUUUGCCAAGGAUCUUUUCCUGGAUAGAUAUUAGCCUACCUUCACUGACGAACCAAUGUUACAUUCGAGGUUGUCCCUCAGCAGGGUUGUGCGCAGUGUUUUGCGCAUUGGAUUGCCAUCUGCGCAAAAUUCAAACACGAGAAAAUCUCUUCAGUGGAAUAUUUUCAGUGAUGGUAUACAAAUUGAUUUAACAAGAAACUAUCUUCAGAGCUGCAGUUAGGGGAAGGGACUGAUCUAAGAAUAGUUAUGAACAUAUCCUCUUGCAGGAGUGAAUACUAAGCUCAGCGCCAUGUAUGGCUUUGUUAUCAAGUCCCUUGAAGUACUCAUUGUUCAGAGAUUUGGUGAGGAGACUUGGCAGCGUGUCCAGCAAGCUGCACAUUCUGAUGAAAUCCAAGAGAGAUAUAUUUAUGAUGACGAGAACUUCUUUGCAUUAGUUGAUUCGGCUGCCGAAACUUUGGGGUUGGAGAAGCAAGUUCUUUUGGAGCAUUUUGGCGAAAGCUUCUUCAAAUUCUGCUUAAGUUCCGGCUAUGACAGAAUUCUGAGGAACAUUGCAAGAGAUAUGCGCAGCUUCUUCUGUAGUUUAGACAGUCUCCACGAUCACCUCGCUACAAGGUAUCCUGGAAUGCGCCCACCCUCUUUUCGGGUGUUAGACGGCCCUGAAGAGAAUUCUUUGGUCCUUCGAUACACGUCAGAGAGAGCUGGUCUUACCCAUUUCGUGAUUGGUGCAGCCAAAGCAGCUGCUCGUAUUCUAUUUGAUAUUGAUGUUCAGCUAAAGCCAAAAAGAAAUAACAAUGAUUCUGAUUAUAUAGAGUUCCUUAUCAUUCAAACUUCAUCAAUUGGCGAUGAUUGCUAUCGUUUCAAUCGACUUACGGAAGAUAAAGGAGGUCUUACAAAUGACAGUGAAACUGAACUGGAGUCAGUCAUUGAUCCGGUAACAUUUUGUCAAGCAUUUCCAUUUCACGUCAUAUUUGAUCGUGAUCUAGUUAUAUGCCAGGCAGGGGUCUCUCUCGUCAAGGUCGUGCCAGAUCUUGUUCCGGGAGUUUCAAAGUUCCCUAUUGUCUUUAGCCUUGUACGUCCUCACAUACCAGUGACGUUCAACAAUAUACUUUCGCGCGAAAAUGCAGUAUUCAUCGUCAAAACACGAGAGGGCUGGAUGAAGAGGCCUUCGUUGCAAGAGGAUGGCAAGUCUCUUGAUUCUGAAGACUCUAGCGAGAAGUCUUCAAGUGAAGAAAAUGACGAUGAUUCGCUCACUGAAAAUGUGCUUGGAGAAGAUAAAGCCCUUAGACUGAAGGGUCAGAUGGUUUUUCUGCCGGAGUCUGAUACCAUACUCUUUUUAUGCUCUCCAAGAAUUCUAAGCUUGGACAGCUUAGAUGAAAAAGGAAUGUAUCUAAGUGAUAUUCCUAUACAUGAUGCCACAAGAGACCUCAUACUCAUAUCCCAGCAACACAGUGCUGAGCACAAACUCAAGAAAAACCUCGAAUUAGUGACAGACAUCUUACAACAAACCUCAAGGGAACUUGAAUACGAGAAGAAAUUAGCGGAUCGCCUUCUGUAUAGCAUUCUUCCACCACCUGUGGCAAAUGACCUACGUGCCAAGAAGCCGGUUGCAGCGAAGAAGUAUGAGCUUGUUACAGUCAUGAUGAGUGGUAUUGUGGACUUCUCUGUGUUUUGUAAUAACACAAAAGAACCGAUGGAAAUCGUCGAAUUACUAAAUCAAAUUUAUGUUCAAUUCGAUGAGGUUUCUGAAAAGAAUCCAGAGGUUUUCAAGGUGGAAACUGUUGGCGAUAAGUACAUGGCAGUGAGUGGAUUGCCUUUAAAAUGUGAAAGACACGCGCACAAUAUUGCCAAUUUGUGCCUGGACAUGCACGAAAUUGCAAAGGGCAUUGUUAUUAACGGUAGAAACGUUGAGGUAACAAUCGGUGUUCAUUCAGGAGAGGUUGUUGCUGGGGUGGUCGGCCAAAAGAUGCCUCGCUACUGCUUGUUUGGGAAUACCGUUAAUUUGACAAGUAGAUGUGAAACGACCGGCGUCAAGGGCAAGAUAAACGUCUCAGAAUAUGCUUAUAGAUGUUUAAUCAAGAACCCAGACAAAUCAUGGAUACUGGAACCAAGAGGCUUAGUGAGCAUGAAAGGAAAAAAGGAGCCCAUGAUGUGCUACUUGCUCUCAAGAAAACGAAAGAGUGAAGAAUAGCAACAAAAAGCAAUAGUGUGUUAGAAAUUGUUCAAGUAAAGGUUGGUGUAAAAUAGAGACAUAAAAUGUCUUGAGUAAAUUACUUGAUUUUAAAAUGUCAUAGAAAGCAGAUUUAGGUUAAUAACCUAGCUAAAGACAAUUGAAAUAUUUAUUCAUUUAUUUAUUUGUUAUUUAUUUGCAUUGAGCAGAGAAGUUGUACAUAGGUUAUAUAUAUACAUGUAGCUUAUCAAAGGUUAGGCUAUUGUCUACUUAAUUUUUUUAUUUUGAAGUUAGGUGUGUAUAUCAACUAAUUUUCCUUCUAGUAGAAUCGUAGCAAAUUAAUUUAGAACCAAGGAGAUAUUGUGCCGUGCACAAUUAAAAAUCAGUGUGUACAUUUACUAAAAGUGGUUAGUUCCUUUUUGUAAAUAAAU